CCUAAACUAGUCCUGAGCUAAGAGAGAAUCGCUAUCAGCCCCUCGACACCGCGGACCAUCUACCGACUGCAGAAAAGGACCCUGGAGAACAUGCUGGAUGUAUAGGAUGGGAAAUAUGAACUAGGAUGGAGAGUAGAAAGGAUUAUUCAUAUCAUUUCUUUGAUGUGAAGACUAUAUAUAAUUCUAAACUAAGGUAUAUGAUAUGCAUCGUCGUCGUCAAGACAUUCAUGGGCACAGGGUAUGCCUGGCCAGCAGGUGGGGAACGCAAAACAAAGCCCCAUAUGAGAGUAGAGUAUCCAACAAUGCCCAAUCAUUUAGGCACGUUAGGUCUGAACGCCAGUAAGUCCAGACCAUGCCCGGUAGUAAAUGCAAAAAUCGCCAACAAUAUAUAAUUUUUUUUGCAGCCCAAACGCCAUACCCGCUGAAAUAAAGAUGUAUCGCUGAAACAAAUCCAAAACCAAACCCAAGAAUGUAGGAGGGGUAUCACAAGAAGGGUAUAUACAUCGAUGCAGUC